GUUUAUUUAACUACAGGAUUAUUUUAUAGCCUGCUAUUUCUGAGCAUUUAAAUAGCGAUUGGGACAAUGAGAGCAGUGUCUGCUUCUACCCUCCUUGCAAGGCUGGUAACCCUAACCGGUGUUGUGGCGCUGGAUAACGGUCUCGCUGUGACUCCUCAACUAGGAUGGAACACAUGGAAUUCAUUCGCAUGCUCGCUCAACGAAACGGUCAUUCUCAACGCCGCUCAGCGCAUCGUCGACCUAGGCUUCAAGGACCUCGGCUACGAGUACAUUGUACUGGACGACUGCUGGUCUGCGGGUCGCAAUUCGUCGGGGUAUUUGAUCGCUAAUGCGACGAAAUUCCCGAGUGGGAUUGAUGGACUGGCGAGUAAAAUACAUGCGUUGGGCUUGAAGGUUGGAAUUUACUCGAGUGCCGGGACCUUGACGUGUGCGCGGUAUUCAGGGUCAUUGGGGUAUGAGGAAAAGGAUGCAGAGUUGUGGGCUAGUUGGGAGAUCGACUACUUGAAAUACGACAAUUGCUACAACCAAGGCGAAGAAGGCACACCGAAGCUGUCGUACGAUCGAUACAACGCCAUGGGCCAGGCGCUCAAUAAAACGGGGCGACCGAUUCUCUACUCCAUGUGUAACUGGGGAAGCGAUGGGCCAUGGAAUUUCGCCUCUACCAUCGCCAACUCGUGGCGCACCUCGGGCGACCUGCUGAAUACCUGGGAUCGGGAUGACGCAAACUGUCCAUGCGCGGAGCUCGACGGGCUCGAUUGCAAGACGCCUGGGUUCAGGUGCUCGGUGUUGAAUGUCCUCAAUAAGGCGGUGUAUUACGUCUCCAAGGCCUUCCCGGGGGCGUGGAAUGACCUGGACAUGCUGCAGGUCGGUAACGGGGGUCUUUCAGACCAAGAGUCAAUAGCCCAUUUCAGUCUCUGGGCUGCCUUCAAAUCGCCACUGCUGAUGACCAAUGUCAUGACGAAAAUCGACGCGCAGACGCUGUCGAUUCUGCAGAACCCGGCCGUGCUCGCCAUAUCGCAGGACCCCAUGGGAUCCAGCGUCAGUCGCAUCUGGCGACACCCCGUCGCGGACGUGGACGCCAACGGGUAUGGGGAGAUCCAGCUGUUCAGCGGCAAUCUAAUGGGCGGAGAUCAAGUAGUCGUGCUUCUCAACGGCGGGACACAGGCGCGCGAGAUGAACGCGACGCUGGAGGACAUUUUCUGGGAGAGCGGUGUGGCCGGCACGGCAAGCCAGGUGCAGCAGGCGUGGGAUGUGUAUGAUGUGUGGGCGAAUCGCAUGGAUAAUGAGACUGCGAAUGCGAUUAUCAACGGGACGGCGGUUCCUGCGGGGAGUCGAUUCAAUGCGACUGCGCGGGGAGGCGCUCCGCGAGUUUAUUCGCAGCCUCCAGUGGUUGGGGAUAGGUGGUUGAUGGGGUCCAAGGUUGCCAGUGUGCAGCCGCGGGGUACGGUUACUGCGCGAGUGGCGGCUCAUGGAGUCGCGCUGCUACGUCUGCGCGCACAGUCGUCGAAGAAGAAUGAGCUGUAAUUAGAUGUGAGAAAGAAUCAUACUAACGGCUUGCUACGUCGUACGGGGUAUAGUCGCGUCCGAAAUUGCCUUGAACGUUCGAGAUAAUAGAGAUUCGAUUCCAAACCGACCACUAAUUCCUACAAGGUUACUGUGUUAUCGACUGUCUUGUUCUCAGUUUGAAUGGUAUAACACUAAACGUAACAAUGUCCUACUUGAGCUGUAUUAUUACUACACUAAAAAUACGCUCA